UUCUUCCUCACCAAUCCGCUUUGACUCCUUCCUGCCGCUUCCUGCGUCCGUUGGCAAACAUACUUUCUUUUUCCACCAACAGUGAAGGAUUUUCCUGGGACCUGUUUGAGGCUCCGAUCAGUAAUGAAGAGACAGGACACAGAGGAUCAAGUUUUGGACAACAGUGGAGGGUCUCCUGCCAGCGCUGAUGGCACAGGAGGGAGCACAGUUAGUCCUGAAGGAACUGACAGUCCAAAAGAGCCGAACAUGCAGACAGACAGCUCCCCAACUGUCAGUUCCCGAACAGAUGAAGGCUUGGCCGAGGCUGGAGCAAUGCCUACUUCCUGUGACGUGGCUGAGGAGCUGAGCAGAAAGCUGGAGGACAUCCUCAGCACAUAUUGUCAGGAAGAUGGUGGUGAGGACACAGCUGUGCCUAAUGGUCAGCCGGAUGGUGUAGAGGUCAAUGGGCUUACUGACCGAGAGGAUGGCAAGCCAGUAGAUUCCAAACUUAACGGCAACGGCAGUGCAGAGAAGGACCAGAAGAAGCUUCAGGAGAAAAAGAAAGUUAAAGGACUGGGCAAGGAGAUAACACUGCUUAUGCAGACUUUGAACACACUGAGCACCCCAGAAGAAAAACUAGCUGGUCUGUGCAAGAAGUAUGCUGAGCUGCUUGAGGAGAACCGCAACACUCAGAAGCAAAUGCGGGCUCUGCAGAAGAAGCAGACACAGCUAAUCCAAGAGAAAGACCAUCUGAGGAACGAGCACAGCAAGGCCAUUCUGGCCCGCAGCAAGCUAGAAAGCCUGUGCCGUGAGCUGCAGAGACACAACCGCACCCUGAAGGAAGAUGGGGUGCAGCGGGCUCGGCAGGAAGAGGAAAAGAGAAAGGAGGUCACCUCCCACUUUCAGGUGACGCUGAAUGAAAUCCAAGCACAGAUGGAGCAGCACAACGAGCGCAACACCAGUUUACGGCAGGAGAACAUGGAGCUGGCUGAGAAGCUGAAGAAGCUCAUUGAGCAGUAUGAGCUACGAGAGGAGCACAUAGACAAGGUCUUCAAGCACAAAGAUCUGCAACAGCAGCUGGUUGAUGCUAAGCUCCACCAGGCUCAGGCGCUGCUCAAGGACUCAGAGGACCGCCACCAGAAGGAGAAAGAGUUUCUGCUGAAAGAGGCUGCAGAGUCGCAGAGGAUGUAUGAACUUAUGAAACAGCAAGAGGUUCACCUCAAACAACAGUUGUCAUUAUACACAGAGAAGUUUGAAGAGUUUCAGAACACAUUGUCCAAAAGCAAUGAGGUAUUCACAACCUUCAAGCAAGAGAUGGAGAAGAUGACGAAGAAGAUAAAGAAGCUGGAGAAGGAGACGACGAUGUAUAGGUCACGUUGGGAGAGCAGUAACAAAGCACUGCUGGAGAUGGCUGAGGAGAAAACACUUCGAGAUAAGGAACUGGAGAGCUUGCAAGUGAAGGUGCAGAGACUGGAGAAGCUGUGUCGUGCUCUGCAGAUUGAACGCAAUGAACUGAGUAAGAAAGUUCAGGGUCUAAGUAAACCAGAGGAUGGGCAAGGCCUAGAUUCAGGAGCAGCAACAGAGGCCGAGUCACAGCAGCCAGCUAUAGACUCAGAAGAGGGAAGCCCCGCCCAUCCGAACAGCCCUGAACCAGAGACUGCGCCCACCACCUGCACUCAGGCGUGCCACUGUGGUCCAGAGCUGGAGGCCGAGGCGCAGAGAGAGGUGUGUUCAGGCCAGGAUUGAGAUGUUCUCACUGGGCUUAAUGCUCCUCAUGAUCUCCCUCACCUCUGCCAGUGCCCACCAACUCUCUCUAAGCUUGGUCCUCUGUUUCUGCCUUUAUGGCAGUGUUGUCUCCUAUUUUUGGUCUCCUCUUGGGGCUUUCCAUUCUGUCAGGGAAGAUUGUGCCUUCAAGAUGGCUCUUAUGCUGCAUUUUUACUUUUUAAUUUUUCCUUUGGCUUUCUUUGUUACUCUGUUUCAUUACUCAGAAAAGUCCUGUGUCUGAAAAUCUCUCACUCUAACACGCUAAAAGGAGCAUGGAGCGUUGCUGCUGCUUAACUUGGAGUACUAUAGUCCACUCCUCACAUUUAGUGUUAGCCUUGGGGCUUUAUAUUUUGGCCAGAAAACCUUUAAGAAUCUAGAUGGAUGGACAGAUGAGCUGAGAAUUCAACUGCUUUUUCUACAUUUCUGCAUAAUUCAGUCACGGAUGUGACUGUGGACAAAGUCAUUCAGAGUGUUUUGACAUGAAACUUGCCGACUCAGAUUUCUGUACAGUGGUGAUGAUAGGAACCAGGUGUCGCAGUGUCUGCAACACAAAUCUAGCCAUUACUUUCCAGAACAGUCAAUCAAUCUACACAUCAUCAUAAUUUUUGUUAUGUUAUUGGUAAAAUAGUGCUACAUGUGAAAAAUUAAAGUUUUCUUUUUGCGUUACAACGCCCUAAAUUUACCUCUUCUCCAUAAAAGGAUUUUAAAAAUGUUUUAUGCCAAAAUCUUAUUGCACAAAUAUUGUGAAACGAUGUCUCAGCAUCAAGUAACACAUUCGUUUUCAUUUUAUAUAGUAAUAUUCUGUGAGGUAGCACUUUGAGGCAUAAAUACUUAAUACGUCUGUCUCCUGUCUCCACCACUCUGAACAAUCUGAGUGCAUGUUCCUCCAGAGUAGCAGAAUUGACAUCAAACUGCUCUGAAUGGCUGUUUACAUGUCAUCUCUGUCGGAACGAAACCUUCCAUCUCCAUUUUUGUUGUUUUUUGUAUUUUUACACAAUUUGAAAAUGGCAGCUGCCACUUACAUUGUGUCAAAAUUUUAUGACUAAUGAACUAAUAGAAAUGCUCCAAAAUAACUUAGAAUAAAGUCUAUUUACAUGGAAAAUGAUGAAAGUUUAGUUAUAAAAGUUACGAUUUUGUUCCGACAGUGAUGUUACGUUAACCAUUUAAUGAUGCCGAAAUUUGAAAAAUGGGCUAGAAUUAAGCUGUAAGAGCGACGCCUUACUUCUUACGAACAGAACAGCACUCUUAGAGAGGUAGUACUUUAGUAUUUUGGGUGUUCUUACAUCUGUCACGUUUCGCCCCAGCGAUUGUCCUUAGCAUCUCUCCCAGUGCUCACAUAGUUUUGUUUGUUUAUUGGUUUGUUUAUCUAUUUAUUUUUCCAUGCAGUUCCACACACAGUCUAAGGCCUGGAUACACUAGUGUGAUUUAUGCCAUGCCAUAACGACUUAUGUGGUAUGUGGUAUAGAGCUGCUCAGUACUUUUUAUGUGGAAGGACACUGAGGUUUCUGCAAGAAACCGACAAUUAACGUUUUCUGACAUUUGUAGCAGAAUCAUUUGCAGUUUGUUGUGCAUUGGUUGCCAUCAUUAUCAUCGUCCUGCUGCAUUAUUGUCACAUUCUUAAGAUCGUUAUCGUGUCAAAGCAUUUAGUUUCACCAUGUUGAGAUAAGGAAGUGUGAUUUGAGUCACUCGAACUAUGAGAGCUCAGAGUUUGCAGAGUUGAAUUAUAUAAUCGUACUUUUCCAUCCACGCAUAAAUACAGUGGGUAAAAUUUGAAUGAUAUUAUUGUACACGUUUAUGUAGCCCAUUCCAGAGCUCGUAUAUUCACAGCUUUUUCACAAUGCAUUUGACUUUGUAGCUUAUUUUAAACAACACAGUCUAACUUGUGAGUCUUAAAACAGAGUUGAUUAAAUAGAUCCAUUUAUAUUCAUCAAAUAAUUUGGCCAGUUUUAUAGAUGCUUAUCAAAAUCAUUCCAUAAAACCAAGAGGAAAGCGUGCAGUCGAAUGAGGUUAUGGCCACUGAGUAGUGCAUUAACUACCACCGAAUCUCUUCCGUUUAAUCCAGCGUUUCCUCAUAGUGGACCAUUAUUUUGAUACUUUAUGUUGUAACUACUACACAGUAUGUCUCUCUAACAUGAUUGUAUACAGAUUAAAAGCUACUUUAAAAAAUACAUUAUAGAAAUAUUUAACUGCAUCCCAGGUCCAGUUUUCUGUGUGUGAUCAGGUUCAAUAAAGAGAUUUUAAAAUGUUCAACUCUAUGCAAUUCUAGUGCCGUUCAUGUGAUCUUUAUUUAGCUCUUAAAGGUCUGACCUGUUAGAACAUGAAUGUACGUUAUUAUAAUCUCAUCAUGGCUUCAGAGUAACGUCAUUGAGUAUGACAACUGCAGUUGUGAAGUUAUUUCUGUUUCUGAUACAUUUUUACUUUGAGGUAAUGCAACGUUUUCUAUAUUUUAUACUUGGACACCACGAACAUUAGAGCUUCAUUUACCUGAACAUCAGUCCCACUGAAUCCUCAUGAUGUCUUCCAUAUGUUGACUACCAGUCAGAUGUCAGCAUGGAUCCAGAACAGCUGUUGUUCAUCCACACUCCAUUUUUUACACAGUAACAGCAUGCUAGCUUUCAUGGGUUUCCCUCAUUUAAUGUUCGGUAAUGCUGGACCCAUCCACUGUUAUGAGGUACCAAAGAUCUUUUUGUUGGUUUUGUUUUUGAUUUUCUUUUCUUUUCUUGUCCCCUCACACACCCUGUAAACAUUAUUUGCGAAUUAAAUCACACAAAAAAUAA